AGAUAUAAAAAAAAAUGAAAAAGAAGAUUGAGGUUAUGAAGCUUAUUCGGUUUUGAAAAAAUUCUAAAAUUAAUAAAUAGUUUAUUAUUUAAUUUAUUGAAAUGUUGAAUAAUGAAGCCAGUGUUAAAAAACAGAAAAUGCAUGACAGAGAAGCGGAAGAAAAGAAUCCUUGUUUAAAAGAAUCGAAUUUGACGAGCAAGUGCUUCAAUGACAACGAUUUUGAUAAAUCGAAAUGCACCGUUGAAAUAGAAAAUUACAAAUUGUGCAAAUCGUUCUGGUUCGAAGUCCAAAAAGACCGACGAAGAAGAGGUAUAAAGCCAUUUAUGCCUGUUUUAGAAGAAAGGGACUCGAUUAAAAAGGAAUUUUUUAAAAAAGUCCAUGGUUAGAUUUGUUGUUUUAUAGCAGAGUUUAAAUAAAUGUACAUUUUUAUUUACUUUAAAUACAUUCUAUUAAAUUACAUGAGCUUUUCACAUACGUAUAAUACCAACUUUUCAAAAUUCCGAUCGAUUUUAAAUUUAUUCAAAGACGUCACAAUAUAAAAUCAUUGGUUUAUUGAUAUUUGACAAUAAUUGCUUUUAUUUCUCUAAAUAACUUCACAGACGAUUUUAAUAGGCCAGUCUAUUCACAAUAAAAUUAAGAAUUUAGAUAAAGUGAAAAAGUUGGUAACUUACAAAACUUAUAAUAAAGGCUAAGAUGAUCGGUACAUAUAAAUACAGGGGUUUCAACAAAGAUCUUAAGCUAUCUGCAUAAAGAAAACUUUUUGAAAAUAACCUAUUCCCGCAAAUAUUCCAAAUAUAAAUAGUUUUCCAUAUGUAGAUAAUUAAAGGUCAUCUUGGGAAACCCGGCAUAGCUUAUUUGGAUACAAAAAAUAGCAUAUUUGGUCUCGAAAUAUAAUUUAGAGAGCUCGAAUGAAAGCUUUUGUUGACAACCCCUAUGCCUAAAUUCACAACAUUCUCACCCUUAAGAUGAAUCAAUUUAUGUUAUCACAACCUUUAGGUUAUUAACCGUACAGAUUGUGAUAACAUAAAAUACUAACAUAAGGAUGAUUGUGUAUUUUGUUAUAGAAAUCGCAAUAAUUUGUAUAUUAUCAAAUAUCAAAAUAUUACCCAUUUUUCGACUACAAGCACAUUCUAAUUUGUCGAGAUAAUCAAAUGCGAUUUUAGUAAAUUUUUUAUCACAAUGAUUUUGGUAAAUGUUACUCGGAAUAUUUUCAAGAGCUGUUGUAUUUACGAUUAGUAUCUAAUAUUUAUGUGAUAAAAUCUAGACGAUUACAAAGCAUGAUUCAAAGAUUGUUCGAAAAGUGGUGAAUGACGGAAACUAAUUCAUUAUUUAUUGCCAAUUCAUAAAGAGAUUGAAUUAAUAUUUUUUUAUCUGCUUUACGAUCUAUUACAAGUACUUAAUAUCACGCAAAAGUGGUGUUUCGAUACUUUUGAACAAUGCAAUGACAUCUUCUAAAUUUCUAUGAAACUCAAUGAAAUUUCAAAUUUGCAUUUGAUUAUCUUAAAUUUGCAUUUAAAGAUAUAUUCUGCACAAAUUGAAGCAUUGAAAUAUAGCAAUAAGUGGUAUAAAAAUUAUACAAGGUGUAAAGAAUUUCUCUACAUACGUUAAACGUUCUCUAGGUACGUCUCUAUAGCACGUUAAAAUUUGUAUUCAUUACAAGUGGAUUUUUAUGGAUUCCAAAUUAAAUAAAUCGAAAGACUUAAAAUGACUAUAAAUUAAUAAAACAUGCGGUAUAUUUGUAGCGAUACACCAAACACCCCUGUACCCUACUCUACCCUACCCUGUACAUGAAUGUUGAGAUUUAUUAAAUUUAAACUAUUUUGGACCAUGCAAAUUAAUCAUUCAUUUGUACGCUUAAUACUGACGAUAUAUUUGUUCUAAAAAAGUUACAAAUUUAUCAAGUUUGCUAUUUAGAGGCAAUUUGUACUUAGAUUGAUUGUGAUGUGUAUCGUUAUAAAAUUUAUUACUCGUAUUUCAUAGUUAUUGCAGUUUCUACAACUCGUUAAUUUUUAGCACCAAUAAAUAUUUUCAAUAUAUAAAAAAAUGCUAAUUCUGUCUUUAUAAUCUACGUAUUUUGAAGUUAUCUACUUGCAAGACGCAAAGCCAAUUCGAAACUCAUCCCACGAAACGGAAAUAUAUUUCAUAAAAUCGAUAAUCGAAAGCCAUUAAAGUUUAAUUACUAUUUAUAAACACUAACAAAUUGCAGGAAUGUAAGCAAAUCGGUAACAAACCACCAUUUAUAUCUCCCUAUCGCAUAGUUUCAGUAAUAAAUUAAAAAUGUAUAUACAAAUAUAAACUGGCCUGUAUUGUACUUAGGGCCCUAUCGUGAAACGAAUAAGUCCCAAAUAACUAUUACAACCGAUUAUAUGGAACUUAUCUAUCGUUUAAUAAAGUAACGAGUACUUUAUUACACACGUUAUACAAAAUUUUACACUCACUCGACAUCAAUUAAUGAAAAUUUAGGAAACUUGUGUCUUUUAUACGCACUGCUUGAACGACCAAAAUGAAAUUUACGCUUGCUCGAUCAAUAGUCAAUCCGAAGGUUUCUUGAUGGUGAAGCAAUUUACUUUAAAAUGCCUACACAUUUGCCUUACCUAA